UCGUCCGAGCGCGUGGAGCAGAGGGAAGCUCCUGCUGGACAUGUCCGCCGUCCUCUGCAUCUCCCCCCUCCAGCUGUGGACCUGGAUGGAGGACCUUCAGAAGGAGCUCCUGGAGGAGGUGUGCUCCGACUCGGUGGACUCCGUGCAGGAGCUCAUCAAGCAGUUCAAGCAGCAGCAGACCGCCACGCUGGAGGCGACGCUCAACGUCAUUAAGGAGGGGGAGGACCUCAUCCAGCAGCUGAGGGACUCGGCCAUGUCCAGCAACAAGAUGCCGCACAACAGCUCUAUCGCCCACAUCGAGGGCGUGCUGCAGCAGCUGGAGGAGGCCCAGGGUCAGAUGGAGGAGCUCUUCCACGAGCGCAAGAUCAAGCUGGACAUCUUCCUGCAGCUGCGCAUCUUUGAGCAGUACACCAUCGAGGUGACGGCGGAGCUGGACGCCUGGAACGAGGACCUGCAGCGGCAGACGAGCGACUUCAGCUCGGAGGACCUGGCGCUGGCCGAGCAGAGGCUCCAGCGGCACGCCGAGCGCAAGCUGGCCAUGAACAACAUGACCUUCGAGGUCAUCCAGCAGGGCCAGGACCUGCACCAGUACAUCAUGGAGGUCCAGGCCUCCGGCAUAGAGCUGACGGGGGAGAAGGAGGUGGACCUGGCCACACAGGUGCAGGAGCUGCUGGAGUUUCUCCAUGAGAAACAGCACGAGCUGGACCUGAGCGCAGACCAGACACAGAAACGGCUGGAGCAGUGUCUGCAACUGCGCCACCUACAGGCCGAGGUCAAACAGGUGUUGGGUUGGAUCCGGAACGGGGAGUCCAUGCUCAACGCCAGUCUGGUGAACGCCAGCUCGCUGUCGGAGGCAGAACAGCUGCAGAGGGAGCACGAGCAGUUCCAGCUGGCCAUCGAGUCCCUGUUCCACGCCAACUCUCUGCAGAAGACGCACCAGAGCGCGCUGCAGGUGCAGCAGAAGGCCGAGGUCAUGCUGCAGGCCGGGCACUACGACCCCGACGCCAUCCGGGGCUGUGCCGAGAAGGUGGCGCUGCACUGGCAGCAGCUCAUGCUCAAGAUGGAGGACCGCCUCAAGCUGGUCAACGCCUCCGUGGCCUUCUACAAGACCUCUGAGCAGGUUUGCAGUGUGCUGGAAAGCUUGGAGCAGGAGUACAGGAGGGAUGAGGACUGGUGCGGGGGUCACGACAAGCUGGGCGCCACGGCGGAGACGGACCACGUCAUCCCCCUCAUCAGCAAACACCUGGAGCAGAAAGAGGCCUUCCUCAAGGCCUGCACGCUGGCCAGGAGGAAUGCGGAGGUCUUCCUCAAGUACAUCCACAGGAACAACGUGGGCAUCCCCGGAGCUGCCAGCCACACCCGCGGGCCCGAGCAGCAGGUCAAAGCCAUCCUGAAUGAGCUACUCCAGAGGGAGAACCGGGUGCUGCACUUCUGGACCAUGAAGAAGAGGCGGCUGGACCAGUGCCAGCAGUAUGUGGUGUUUGAGCGCAGCGCCAAGCAGGCCUUAGACUGGAUCCAGGAAACCGGAGAAUAUUACCUCUCGACUCACACCUCCCCCGGGGAGACCAGUGAGAAAACUCAGGAGCUGCUCAAGGAGUACGAAGAUUUCCGAGUCUCUGCCAAGCAAACCAAGGAGAAGGUGAAGCUGCUGAUCCAGCUGGCCGACAGCUUCGUGGAGAAGGGACACGUCCACGUCACCGAGCUGAAGAAGUGGGUCUCCGCCGUGGACAAGCGCUACCGCGACUUCUCCCUGAGGAUGGGGAAGUACCGCUCCGGCCUGGAGAAGUCCCUGGGGAUCUGCUCUGAGGAUAAUAAAGACUUGGAGCUGGAUAUCAUUCCAGCCAGUUUGACUGACCCAGAGGUGAAACUGCGUGACCCCAACCACGAGGUCAACGAAGAGAAGAGGAAAUCUGCCCGGAAGAAAGAGUUCAUAAUGGCUGAACUCCUUCAGACUGAAAAGGCCUAUGUCAGGGACCUGCAGGAAUGCCUGGAGACCUACCUGUGGGAGAUGACGAGCGGGGUGGAGGAGAUCCCGUCGGGGAUCGUCAACAAAGAGCACAUCAUCUUCGGGAACAUCCAGGAGAUUUACGAUUUUCAUAAUAACGUUUUCCUCAAAGAGUUGGUGAAUUACGAACAGCUUCCAGAGGACGUGGGGCACUGUUUUGUCACAUGGGCUGAUAAAUUCCAGAUGUAUGUCACAUACUGUACAAACAAACCGGAUUCCAGCCAGCUGAUCUUGGAGCACGCUGGAAGCUUUUUUGAUGAAAUUCAGCAAAGACACGGCAUGGCCAAUUCAAUCUCAUCCUACCUUAUUAAGCCAGUGCAGAGGAUCACAAAGUACCAGCUCCUGCUUAAGGAGCUGCUGACCUGCUGCGAGGAGGGCAAGGGCGAGAUUAAGGACGGGCUGGAGGUCAUGCUCAGCGUCCCGAAGAGAGCCAAUGAUGCCAUGCAUGUCAGCAUGCUGGAGGGCUUUGAUGAGAACCUGGACGUCCAGGGAGAGCUGAUCCUCCAGGACACGUUCCAGGUGUGGGAUCCCAAGUCCCUGAUCCGGAAAGGGCGGGACCGCCACCUCUUCCUCUUCGAGAUCUCCCUGGUGUUCAGCAAGGAGAUCAAGGACUCGGCGGGCCGCACCAAAUACGUCUACAAGAACAAGCUCCAGACAUCAGAGCUGGGUGUGACGGAGCACAUAGAAGGGGACCCCUGUAAGUUUGCCCUCUGGGCGGGAAGGACUCCCUCCUCUGACAACAAGACCGUUCUGAAGGCAUCGAAUAUCGAAGUGAAGCAGGAGUGGAUCAAGAACAUCCGGGAGGUGAUCCAGGAGAGGAUUAUUCACCUGAAGGGGGCGCUGAAGGAGCCCAUCCACAUGCCCAAAACACCAGCAAAGCAGCGCAACAACAGCAAGAGGGACACUGGAGAAGACGCAGACAGCCAGGGUGAUGGCAGCAGCCAACCGGACACCAUUUCAAUCGCCUCCAGAACCUCCCAAAACACGGUGGACAGUGAUAAGCUCUCCGGCGGUUGCGAGCUCACCGUGGUGCUCCAGGACUUCGCGGCGGGCUGCGGCGGCGAGCUCAGCGUCCAGACGGGCCAGACGGUGGAGCUCCUGGAGCGGCCCGGCGACCGCCCCGGCUGGUGCCUGGUGCGCACCACCGACCGGAGCCCCCCCCAGGAGGGCCUGGUUCCCAGCAGCACCCUCUGCAUCUCGCACUCCCGCAGCAGCGUGGAGAUGGAGAGCUUCUUCCCGGCGGGCAAAGAAAACUACUCGUCGAGCGGUCCGGAGGGGAAGUCGGAGUCGGUGGCCACCCUCCAGCCGCAGACCUCCAUGAGCUCCAUCCAGACCAGCUCGCCGGGGCCCAAGCGCUCGGGGAACACGCUCAAGAAGUGGCUGACCAGCCCCCUGCGCCGGCCCAGCCACGGCAAGGCCGACAGCAGCGUGAAGAAGAUCCCCAGCAAGCCCAAGAAGAGGGACGGGCGCAAGAGCAUCGACCUGGGGGUGCCCGGCGAGAACGACGGGGCGGCGCAGGACGAGAGCGCCGACGAGCGGGGUAGAAAAGAAGGCCCUCUGUCGAAAUCAUCGUCCGGAAUGCAGAGCGGAGGGGAGGAGGAGCCGGAAGACGAGUCGCACACGCCCCUCCCUCCCCCCAUGGAGAUCAUCAAGGACCCCUCCGCCCAGGACGAGAAGUCUUCACUGCUUACCGCUCGGCAGGGCUCGGCCGACGUCCCCAGCGCCGCGGAACUUGUCAGUGCGAUAGAAAAAUUGGUCAAAACUAAGAUGACCCUGGAGCCGGGACUGUACCAAAGCAUCAGCGCCGCGAACCCAACAGACCAGCCCGCCGCCCAGCCCAAAAACCCCGAGAUGGAGCAGAAGGCCAAGGCGCUGCGUGGACGCAUGUUUGUUCUCAACGAGCUGGUACAGACAGAGAAGGACUACGUGAAGGAUUUGGGCAUUGUAGUAGAGGGGUUUAUGAAGCACAUGGAGGAAAGGGGCGUUCCCGAAGACAUGAAAGGAAAAGACAAGAUUGUCUUUGGGAACAUCCAUCAGAUCUACGACUGGCACAGAGAGUUCUUCCUCGGGGAGCUGGAGAAAUGUCUUCAAGACCACGAGCUACUCGCGCAGCUUUUCAUAAAACACGAGAGACGGCUGCACAUGUACGUGGUGUACUGUCAGAACAAGCCCAGGUCUGAGUUCAUCGUUGCUGAAUAUGACUCGUACUUUGAGGAGGUGCAGCAAGAGCUAAACUCAAGACUAUCUAUGAGCGACUUUCUCAUUAAGCCAAUCCAGAGAAUAACCAAGUACCAGCUGCUUCUUAAGGACUUCUUGAAGUACAGUUCAAAAGCAGGCCUGGACUGUCAGGAAACUGAGAAAGCAGUUGAUUUAAUGUUCCUGGUCCCGAAGCGAUGCAAUGAUAUGAUGAACUUAGGACGGCUACAAGGCUAUGAGGGCAAGCUGACCAGCCAGGGGAAGCUGCUGCAGCAGGACACCUUCUUCGUCACGGAGCAGGACUCGGGCGUCCUGUCCCGCAGCAAGGAGCGCCGAGUCUUCCUCUUCGAGCAGAUCGUCAUCUUCAGCGAGCUCCUCCGCAAGGGCUCGUCCACGCCCGGCUACCAGUUCAAGAAGAGCAUCAAGGUGAGCUACUUGAGUAUGGACGCAAAUGUGGACAACGACCCCUGCAAGUUUAUCCUCUUCUGCCGCGGCUCGUCGGAACGAUUCACCCUUCAGGCCGCCAACCAGGACAUCAAGCGCAUCUGGGUCCAGCAAAUCAAUGACCUGCUGGAUGCUCAGAGCAACUUCCUCUCAGCCCUCCAGUCUCCGAUUGAGUACCAGAAGAAGGAGAGCGGGUCUCACUCUCUGACCCGGAACCCGUCGGGCAGCGGCCGCCCCUCCCAGCCCAACAGCAGGCCCCUCUCUUCCACCUCCGUGGGGGCGGAGAAGCCCCCCAUCUCAGGCCGCUCCCCCACGCCCCUAAAGAUAUCUACCUCUAACGGCAGCCCCUGCUACGAGGCCCACAAGCAGGGUGAGCGCAGCGAGCCUGCCAGGCACGACACAGCUGGAUGUAACGGGAUGUCCUCCACCAUGAUGGUGACCCAGGACUACAGCGCACUGAAGGAGAACGAGAUCUGCGUCAUCCAGGGCGAGCUGGUCCAGAUCCUGGCCACCAACCAGCAGAACAUGUACCUGGUGUACCGGCCCGCCAACAGCAACUCCCCGGCCGCCGAGGGCUGGGUGCCCGGCGACAUCCUGGGACCCCUAAAUAAAACGCUCUUAGACAAUGCCGACGGGAGCAUCAAGAAAUCUCUCUCGUGGCACACCCUGCGCUCGAGAAAACGAGCAGAGAAGGAAGGCAGUUGCAAAAGUGACGCAAAAGUUGAGAACGGACUGCGUAAGCCCAAGGAGGUUCUGACCGCCAAGGUCUCUGUUAAAGAGUCUAACAGCUCAGAGGAGUCAGAUUGCGAUGAGCUAGACCCCAAAACUAGCAUGGAGUUACUGAAUCCAAAUUUUAUACAAGAAGUGGCCCCAGAGUUCCUGAUCCCUCUUGCCGACGUGACGUGCGCAUUUGGAGAGACUGUGGUCUUGUGUUGCAAAGUCUGCGGCCGUCCGAGGCCGAACAUCACGCUGAAGGGACCGGAUCAAAGCCUAGUCGUCAACAACAGCCGUUUCACCAUAAACAUCAGGGAAACGGGUGAUAUUCUGCUGAAGAUAUGUAACCUGAUGCCCCAGGACACGGGCAUCUACACCUGUGUGGCAAUCAACGACCAUGGAACGGCCUCCUCCUCAGCCUCCAUUAAGGUGCAAGGCAUCCCAGCAGCCCCAGCAAGGCCGGUGGCCCAGGAGGCGAGCAGCACGGCGGUGAUCGUGCAUUGGCUGCCGCCGGCGAGCUCGGGGAACUGCGCCGUGUCCAGCUACACCGUGGAGUACCGGCAGGAAGACUCCCUGGUGUGGCAGCAGUCGGCAGUGGUGACCACAGGGGAUAUGUGUGUGAAAAUCGAGGAGCUCAUUCCAGGCGGGCACUAUCAGUUCCGGGUCAGCGCCAGCAACCCCUGGGGAGUCAGCCCGCCCAGCGAGCCCUCCAACAUGGUGACCUUGCCCAGCGGAAAUUUGUUUGACGGGACUGGCAUUCAGUGGAAAGACAACUUUGAAGCAACUUUCACAGAAAUCAGUGAGAUCGGAAGGGGCCGGUUCGCCGUGGUGAAGAAGUGCCUGAACAAGGCGUCCAAGAAGGAGGUGGCGGUGAAGUGCAUCGCCAAGAAGAUGCAGAAGAAGGAGCAGGUGGCCCACGAGGCCGACAUCCUCCGCCACGUGCAGCACCCGCAGCUGCUGCAGCUCCUCGACACCUACGAGUCGCCCGCCGCCUUCCUGCUGGUGCUGGAGCUCUUGGAAGACGGGAGGUUGCUGGACUACCUGGUGGCCCAUGAUGAACUGAUGGAAGAGAAGGUGGCCUUUUACGUGAAGGACACUUUGGAGGCCCUCAACCACCUUCAUACUUGUAAAGUAGCACACCUGGACCUAAAGCCUGAGAACCUUCUGGUGAACCUACACGUUCCAGUUCCGUGCGUCAAGCUCAUCGAUUUCGGGGACGCGGUCCAGGUGUCGGGCCACCGCUACGUGCACCUGCUCCUGGGGAACCCGGAGUUCGCCGCCCCGGAGCUGAUCCAGGGCUCGCCGGUGUCCCUGAGCACGGACGUGUGGAGCGUGGGGGUGCUGGCCUACGUCAUGCUGAGCGGCGUCUCGCCCUUCCUGGACGAGAGCCUGGAGGAGACCUGCGUCAACAUCUGCCGGCUGGACUUCUGCUUCCCGGACGACUACUUCCGGGGCGUGAGCCAGGCCGCCCGCGACUUCAUCGGCACCGCCCUGCAGGAGGACCCCCGGAAGCGCCCCGGCGCCGCCUCCUGCCUCCAGCACCCCUGGGUGAGCGCCCACGGCGGGGAGUACUCCAAGAGCCCGCUGGACACGGCGCGGCUGGCCUCCUUCAUCGAGAGGAGGAGGCAGCUCAACGACGUGCGCCCCGUCACCAACAUCAAGGGCCUGGUGACCAGCAGCAUGGGCCACACCCUAUGAGGAACAUGCCUGACACGGGCCGUCUCUGGCCCUCUCUCCCACAGUGUGGAGAGUCUGGAGAAAAAAGGGGGGAGAAUCCAUCACUCCGUCUAGACCAGGGGUAGGCGAUGCCUGGUACGGGUUCACUCGUUUUGAGUCUGGAGCUGGUAUGGAAAUGGCAGUCCAUCCAUCCAUUAUCUAACCCCCUUAUUCCUGGUCAGGGUUCGAGGGGGUAGGGGUUUGGGUCUGGGUUGGGGUUGGAGCCUAUCCCAGCAUGCAUUGGGCAGGAGGCAGUCAUACACCCGGGACAGGUUUCCAGUCCAUCGCAGGGCACGCACACCAGUGGUAAGUGGCAGCCACUGUCACCCAUUUGAGCUCGAGGAAGAAGCUUUACUGUGCUAAGUGUCAUUCAGGGCUCAUAAUGCACUUAUCCUUUUAAGGAGGUUACACCUGUAGACGACUCAGGUCCUGGAGCGACACAGCUGUUUCUGCUUUUGUUCCAUCUGAGCUCGAUCGCACAGUCAGAUGGGUUAUUAAGCUUAAUAAUUAAUGCAAUUAUUUAACUGAAGGUUAAAAUGGAGUAGAACCCAGAAAUAUCCAGCUGCCUAUCCCUGGUCUAGACACAUGUUUCUGAUGAAAUUUGUAAGGUACUAGGUGUUAGAUUUUUCUCCCAGUAGCAGAAAGGUUUAUCCAAUGUGCUUUAUUUGAGUCCUUAUUGGGCAAAAUUAAUCACUCCCACAGAACAUCAGGGAAUGAACAUCUGUACACCACCAUGCCUACUGUACUAGUGUACUAGUGGUGAAUCCUUUAAAAGGUCUCCAUUAGAAAUGGAGCUGUAAUACUGCUGUUGGGUUGUGUUGUUCAUUUUGACUGUACUUACGAACACUUUAAAACAUACCCGGUGGAGAAGGAAAUGAUCAGAGGAAAUGCACAUCUAUGUAAGAUUAAACAAUAACGAUCACAGAAUUUGGCCAAUAUAUUUAUAUUUGGUUCAAUGGAACUGAGUGUACCAUUUUGUAUGUAUGGAAUAACCACUUUUGUUUUUAUAAAGAUGUCAAAGACAGAGAUAAAUGAAAGAAUAAUGAAAAGAAAAUUGGGAACAGUUCUCAUCUUAAAUGUCCAAUUCACAGGUGCUGUUCCAAGGGUUUGUUCAGAUAUGUUGCAUUACUUUCAAAUGAAAUGAUCUCAUGUUUAGUAGCUUCUCUGUUCAGGUGAAAUGUAAUCUUUCCACAAAGCAGGUUGGUUCCCAUUCAUUUCUCACACCUAGUCAUUUACUAUGCAGUGGCCUUUAAAAAUAGUCUCUCGACCAAUGAAAAACCUUUAAACUCAUAUAGUAUCACACCCACAUCAAUUUAGCGCACAAAUUUGUGUCAGAAUAAGAGGAGAAAAAAUAAACAAGCCUUAACUGUUAUUUAGUAGACUUUUUUUUGAAACCACAAAGGUCCAAGUUGUAUAUAGUUAUUACUUUAUAUGAUAUUUAUUUUUACAGCCUGUGCUUAUUAUUUCUAUUGAUUUGGAAAAUGUAUCACUACAUUUUUAUGGCAACCAACACAGUGGUGCUUACUGUGUUCGUCAUAAGUUGGAACACUGAGGUGGCUGUUACUGAAAACCUUAUAUGUUGAUCUCAGAACUAAACACCCAAACUUUGAGCUCCUUCAUAGCGGUGUACUGACCAUAAUGUUCACCUUUCAGGGGCAAUACUCCAUCUGAUCCCAGGACUAAAGCGACUGUGAGAAAUUUGCUGUGACUUAACGAUCACUUCUGUUUACAACCGCAGGAACUGAGAUCCCCUCCCGUGAGAGGGAUUGGCUCUGCUUUGCUUUGUCUUUUCAUCUGUGGUGCUUUGCGUAAUUAUAUUGCGGAAGAAUCUCCGAGCCGCCUGACCGUACGCUCCUGAUCGGUACGGAUCUUGUAUUGAUGAAGUCAUCCUGUGUUCAUUUUUUCCUUGGCGUGCCAUUGCUCUUAAAACAAUGAUAACUCUCAUUUGGCAGGUGUAUUCAUUAAUACAAUGGGCAGCGUUGUAUUAUCUUGUGAUGAAUUUGCAUGAUUCCUGUGCUCAAAACGUCAGGGCUCAAACAACAGCGAUGCUUCGAGCUAGCGUUUUGCAGGUGGAGGUGGAUGAUCUCACGACGAACAGAUUUGAUGGAAUAAUGUUUAAUUUCCACAACAUGAUUGACUGUUCUCUGACCACAGUGUGAUGUGACCAUGUUAUUGGGAAAUAUGUACCUGUAUGAAACCAUAUGAAAUCCUGCUUGUGACAUCACUGACCAUCAAUAUUUGAAGCUAUAAUAAAGACGUUUCUUCUAAGAUAAAAUGAGAAAUCAAAGUAGUAAAUGCUUGGUACGGUUUUAUGUCUGAUAUGAAAUUAGCGGUCAAUAUCUCUCUUUUUAUAUACCCUAUAGAAGAGCUGAAUUGUGCUAGCACAGCGUACAAGAUUAUCAGAUUUGUCAUACAGAUGAAAAAUGCUUUGAUCUACAUUUUUACUCCAUGACAAAGCAUUGAAAGGCUUUUUUGACUGUUUUGAUCUGCCAGGUUGGCUUUGUGGACACACUGUGUAAAAUUUAAAGUAACCACACUAGAGUAAGCUCUCAUGUUCAGACUGUGUUCACCGUUCGAAGAGUCUAUACUGGUGUGAAUAGUAUUUUGAGGUAAUUUAGCAUUUCACUAGGAACAUGACUGUUAGCUGACAAGAAGAGAGUGAGGUAUUGGUCUUGAUUCUUGUUCAAGAACCAACCAUGUAAUGCGGGCCUUUUGCAAGCAGGAUGACAGGUAUUGUGCUGUUACAACACUUCAUCUAUGGUGUUAAUGCUCUCAACCAUUUCAGUGUGUACAUUCAAUAGCAGACUAACCAUGAUGCUACUAACUGCUGGUGCAUUGCUUCAGUCUAAUGAGUUACAUAAUUGCUGAAACAGCUGGAUUUUUCUUUUGCUUAACUGUCAUUUUGCCAGAAUGGUAUUAUUGGCAUUUGAAAUGAAAUUAUUUAAAUGAAAAUGUUAAGUAUUAUUGUAUAUGCAUUGUUCACUGCAACAGCAUGCACCAUGUACUUUGCAUCAUUUCAUGUAGUAUGGUACUCUGUACAUAAAUCUGUCUAUAAGAUUUGAAAUCAAAUCUAAAAAUGCUUUCUUAGACCACAUGGGCUGUCUGUUUGUUACUGAAUGUUUAAUAAAAAAAGUGCUUGUUUCUAUAAUAAA